AUGAAGUUUGGCGGCAUCAUCGCGGCAAUCUUCGCGGUCUCCGCUGCAGCAACUCCGACCCCAACCGUAAACAAGCGCGCCACAACCUGGUGCGAUGCUUGGGGAUCUCAAGUAACGGGCGGCUACACAAUCUACCAUAAUAACUGGGGAGCGGCUCAGGCAACUUCAGGUUCACAAUGUACCACACUUGAGUCUGUUAACUCUGGCUCUGUUGUUUGGUCGACUUCUUGGACUUGGGCCGGAGGCUCCAGUUCAGUUAAAUCCUAUUCCAAUGUGGCACUCGUUGAUGUCAACAAGAAGCUUUCUGCGAUUAGUUCCGUGCCGUCCACUUGGUCCUGGAUAUAUACUGGUUCCAACAUUGUCGCCAACGUCGCCUACGACCUAUGGCUGGCACCCUCUGUAGGAGCCAACGACUCCUACGAGAUCAUGAUCUGGCUGGCCGCUCUUGGUGGUGCAGGGCCAAUUUCCAGCACUGGAUCGCCAGUUGAUUCUCCUACCAUCGCUGGAUCGCAGUGGAAGGUCUAUACUGGCAACAACGGCUCCGUAAAAGUGAUAUCGUUCGUUGCCACGAGCAGCAUCACGAACUUCAAUGGUGACCUAAACCAAUUCCUCACCUAUCUCACUACGAAGCAAGGCGUCAGCAGUAGCUUGUACGCGACAAAGCUUCAGGCGGGCACAGAACCCUUCACAGGUUCCAAUGCAGUCCUGAAAACGUCCGCAUACCGUAUUUCCGUCUCGUAA